AUGGCACAAAUGGUAGAUGCUCGACCUGGCACAGCCAGUGUCCGGGUAACAGAUUUUGGUUGGCAAGGGUUGCUAAAUCCUAAUCCAAUCAACAAGGAAGAAGAUGAAUGUCUUGUGGAUGAAUAUCUCUCUCCAGCUAAACUGCAAAUACUCACUGGAGUGGAGGACCUUAGUGACGUUAAAGCUCUUCAAAUGUGUGUGGAUACCAGAGAGAACAGUCUGGGAAAUUUUGGUACGUACAUGCCCAACCUAAGACAGCUGAAACUCAACAACAGUAUAAUAAUGUCAAUAAGAGAUCUUGGUACAUCGCUGUCACAGCUGCAGGUGCUAUGGUUGGCUCGAUGCGGCCUUUCAGAUCUUGAUGGUAUAUCUUCUCUAUGCUCCCUAAAGGAAUUGUACCUGGCCUACAACAACCUUAGUGAUCUCAGCCAGGUGAGUAUGCUGGAACAUCUAGAGAUCCUGGACUUAGAAGGAAAUAAUUUGGACAACAUCACCGAACUUCAGUACCUAGCCCUGUGCAGCAACCUGACCGUGCUUAGCCUGGAGGGCAACUCAAUUUGUACAAAACCCAGUCCUGAGGCAACUGAGUCCCCAGAUUAUAACUACAGAUUUGAAGUUCACAAAAUAAUCCCUCAUCUCAAAUUUUUGGAUGAUGUUCCUGCUGAAAAAUUACACACAGAUUGUCCACACACUCCCACCCAUGACUGGCUGAUAGUAAAAGACUACAUCAAAGACACGUCUGUGGACCAGCUGGGGAUAGGAUUGGGUUCUGGGAAUAUACAGAGGAGAACAAGCCUAAGGCCCAGCACAGCACAAUCAUCCUUCUCAGGCAGACCUUAUUCUGCUGUUAGGCCUGCAAGCGCAGGAAGACCAGCCACCAGUCACCAAGGACCAUUAGGAAGUCCACAAAUUGAUCCCAUCAACUCUGAUGAGGGGACAGCAGAGGAUGAGGCCAGUGACUUAACUCAUGGUGUUGGUAGAGUCAUCUGUGGGAAUCCCUUUAAGGCUCUUCGUGCUCGGAAAGAGAGACUAGUGCCAGCUUCACUGAUCACUCACCAGUCAAUGGGGCACAGACCAGAAUGUACAUUUGACCCAGAGUUUUCCUCAGAGAAGAAUCGUGAUGAUGUGUUUGCAGAGUUGAGAGCCUGGAGAACGAACCAUCAUGAGCUCUUGCAAAAAAUUCAGAGUGAUCGUGCUCCUCAGGUUCUAACAAUCCAACACAGUGAAGAAGAGGAGGGAUCUAGCUUAUAUGAUAGUAGUGGGGAUGAGGAAGCACAAGAUCCCUGGGACUCAAGUUGCCUUAUUAGAGUGUCUCCUGAGAAUCUUAGCCCCUUACCCAUUGAUCAAUCUUCUGGAGAAGACUUGCAGGAUGUUACUUGGGUGCCAUCACCCCCUCUUACUCCAUGCCCUCCACAUCCCGGAAGUAGGAAUUCAAACCUCAACAAAGGUGCAGACAUACGGAUGAGACGUCUUCUGAAAGGUCCCAUCCAGAGAGAGACCAUGGCGCCCAGGCAAAUGAACAGAGGCUUUAACAUUGGGGAUGAGGCCUUUUCCUUGUCAGAUAUAGAUGGAGUCCACCCCAAGAUGUCAGAAACCCUCAAAAUGAAUGAAGCAAGAACAGAAGAUUUCAUUGAAAGACCACUUUCUGAACCUGUGCGGAUAAGGCCUUAUAUUCCCAGGUCUCCAGUGGACAAAAACUCCCCAAAAGUAAUUCCUUCUCACCAGCCUGUUAUUCGGACCUGUACAAAAACUCCAGAGAGGCCAGCUCCAGCACACAUUUUACGGCCCAUCACAGCUAGAGGAAUUCUACAGAGGCUUCCGAACCGGCCUACCCUCCUGGCAGGCUCCAAGAUACCCAACACUUAGCUAAUGACCUACUGAUAUAGGCAACAUGGUGUCCUGCCCUUGUUAGAGCAGUGGAUUGUUGUUGCUGACUUUGCACAUUAAUAGAAUUAAUGGGACAGUAAACACCUUGUAAAUACAAUAAUUCUCUGCAAUCUUGCAAUAAAUUAACAUAGUGGGUAAGUUUAAAAAUGUUUUCAAUACAUUAACACCUUCUUUGUGGCAAUUUGUUUUUUUCAGUAGCCAAACUCCACCCCCAGUUACCUUAUCUGGAGGAAGCAGUCAAGACUUGGUACUGGAGUAGACAAGAAUAGCCAUGGUCACUCAUGUUAGCAAAACAUUCAUUGUUUUGCAGUUCCUUAUUUGAUAAUCCCUGAUCAGGCCAAUAUGGGACAGAUAUGUAAUAGGGUUAGCAUUGUAUCCUUCUCGAUGUCAGAAUCAGAAAACUUAAUUUUCAGACAUAAAUUACAAGAGAAGGGGAAUAAUCAAUCAUAAUUUAAAGGGACGGUUUACCAAAAAAAUUCUCCCCUUUAAUUUGUUCCCAAUGAUCCAUUUUACCUGCUGGAGUGUAUUAAAUUACUUACAAGUAGCUCCUUUACCCUUGUUUCAGCAUUUGACAUAGCUGAUUUAGCUUGUGGUAUUCCUACCUAU